UAGACAAUUUUUGCCGUUAUAUUUGUGGCGCUUCGUUAUAAUAUUAUUGAUAGAAUACCAAAUAUUUACGAAAUAUAAUUGAAUUAAACUUAACAGUCGUACCACCCCCGACACAAAUUCACUAUAAAUGAUAAUGCAGUAAUUUGUAAAACCCAAACUCCUAACCUCAAAAUCCAAACAACCCUUCAAUGCAAAUAAUUAAAAAUGGUUGAUUUAAAAAAAGACUUGGACGAGUAUCUGCUACUACAGAGUGACCAAAAGAAGUCGUUCAAACUCCCGACGUUACAAAAACCCAACAUUUCAAACUGGUUUAAACGGGAGGAGCAACCUGAAGACAAUUCCUGGUUUCAGGAGACGAAAAAGGGGUGUUGCCCCGCUCUGUCACGAUUUCAACGGAUUACCCUAUUUGUGAUAUGUCUAGGAAUGGGUAUUUUGUGCUUCACUUUAUCACUGAUGUAUAUCCCAGUUUUGUUGUUUAAGGCCCGGAAAUUCGCCCUCUUGUUCACACUAGGCAGCCUAUUCUUCAUAUUCAGCUUCUUUUUCCUCUGGGGCCCUCUGGCAUACUUAAAACACAUGUUUUCACGUGAAAGGCUGCUCCUAACCAUAACGUACGGAAGCACGUUAGUUGCAACGCUGUAUUGCGCCCUGCAUUUACAAAGCACCCCGUUCACUGUACUCUGUGCAGUGGGGCAAAUUGUUACUUUAUUAUGGACUGUGAUAGCUAAUAUUCCUGGAGGGACUAGCGGAGUGUCUUUCUUCUCCAAAAUGUUCUCCAGGUCGGUGAGCAGCACGCUACCAAUUUAGUAUUAAUUCGAAUUUUAUUUUGUACAAAGAUUUAUUAAACUAAGAUUGAUUUAAUAAAUUUAUUGAAAAAAACCUAAGGAAAUAGAUCAAUCUAAGUUGCAUAAAAUUCUAUCUAUUUCAUCAUUAAAAAUAUCA